AUGAACCGGACGGAGAACGGCAGCCAGGCCCUGGGCCCCGAGACGGACGUGCUGGACGCGGCCCUGUGGGGGCUCCGCGCCUUCAUCACUGGCGUCUGCAUCCUGGGCAUCGCCGGCAACGGCGCGGUGGCCUGGCUGCUGGGCGCCCACGUGCCCAGGGCCCCCUACUGCGUCUACGUCCUGCACCUGGCCCUGGCCGAUCUGCUCUUCCUGCUGUGCGCGGUGGCCGUGCUGCAGCUGGACCCCGCGUCGCUGGCCUAUGAGGCGGUGAAGCGAGUGAAGAGCGUGGCGGACACGGCCGGCCUCGGCCUGCUGACGGCCAUCAGCGUGCAGCGCUGCCUGUCCGUGCUCUUCCCCGUGUGGUACAGGAGCGCCAGGCCACGCCACCUGUCCUCCACGGUGUGCGCACUGCUCUGGGCCCUGGCCGGCCUGGCCAACGCGCUGCUGGCCGCCCUCUGUGUCCGGCACCCGAGCCCUUACGUGCUGCUCCCCGGGGAAAGGUGUUUCCUCCUGGACUUUGUCUUCCGGCUGCUCACCCUGGGCGUCUUCACGCCCCUCAUGGCGCUGUCCAGCCUCCUCCUCUUCCUCCAGGUGCAGAAAGUGGCGCGGCGGCGGGCCCGGCGCCGGCGGCCCACGCGGCUGUACUCAGUCAUCCUGGCAUCGGUCCUGGCCUUCCUGGCCUGCACCCUGCCCCUGGGCAUCUACUGGCUCCUCAUCUACCUCCUGGGCCUGUCGGAGCGGGCGAACGCCCUGCUCCGGCACCUGGGCCGCCUGUCCUCUGCGGCCGGCUGUAGCGUCCACCCGCUCAUCUACUUCCUGGUGGACCGGUGGAGGGGCCAGGGCAGGGGCCGGGCCCCACGAGAGCCUCUGGGCUCAGUGCUCCAGCGGGUGCUGCAGGAGGAGCCGGAGCUGGGGCCCGGGGAGCCACCCUCCCCCGCCACGGGCUCCACGGAGGGGCCCUGA